CAGUAAUACGCAGUGCGCAUGCGCAUAGGAGCCGAUGACGCUUCAUUUCCAGUCUCAAUGGGGCUUUCGAAUCCGCCGAACUAUUAAGAGUAUAAAAUAGACAUGAAUAACUAGUAUUUUGCGUGUUUGGUUAAAACGUCUUUCUCGUAUAUUUUAGUUGCACUGGACACUCUUGAGAAGCUGAGAAAAUGACAUACACAAACAACAGAGAACACUCACUACAAUGCGAUUUAUGCUGUUGUUUAGCCGGCAGGGGAAGCUGCGGCUGCAGAAAUGGUAUACAGCCACAGCUGAGCGUGACAAGAAAAAAAUGGUGCGAGAGCUCAUGCAGGUGGUGUUGGCUCGGAAGCCCAAAAUGUGCAGCUUCCUGGAGUGGAGAGACCUAAAGAUAGUCUACAAGAGGUAUGCCAGUCUGUAUUUCUGCUGUGCAGUUGAAGAGCAGGACAACGAGCUGAUUACCCUAGAGGUCAUCCAUCGCUUUGUGGAGCUGUUGGAUAAGUACUUUGGCAGUGUGUGUGAGCUUGACAUCAUUUUUAAUUUUGAGAAGGCUUACUUUAUCUUGGAUGAAUUUCUGAUGGGGGGAGAAAUCCAGGACACUUCAAAAAAAAGUGUGCUCAAGGCUAUUGAACAAGCUGACCUGCUACAAGAGGAGGACGAGUCUCCAAGGAGUGUACUGGAGGAGAUGGGUCUCGCAUAGAAUCGACUGAGUUUUAGAUGGGACAGUUUUAGGUACUACUACUGCAUUUGCCGAGGGAAUGGACUUUAUUAGAGUGUAUUUGGGGAGGGAGGGUAAAUGAUGGCACAAAAAAGGACACAGGAUAGAGGGAUGGUUUGAAAGUGUGUAUACAGUUUUUAUACUACUGAGUUCCGCAUGUGAUUGUACUUUUUUCAGCCCCAUUUGUAUUCAUAAUGUUAAAAUAGCUGCGUCUGUAUCCAGGACUCUCUUUCUGAAGAUGCACUAUACAGAUUAUAGUGUGGGAUACAGAUUAGACACUCGAUACACAGCCAUUUAUUUGUAAUGAACUGAAAGUGCAUCAAGCCUUCUCAUGUUAACAAAAGGAGACAAUUGCACAAUAUGCUUUUAGACUAUGAGGAGCAGUUAUUUAUUUCUGCAAUCUCAAAUUAAUAUAUUCAGAAAUACUUAGAUUGUAUUUUUGCUGCUCAGGAAAGAUUGGCUGUAACCAUUCAUGCAUGUCUAUUUUUAAAUAUGAUGCAAGAUUUAAAGUAGAUGACCUAUCAGGCCUGAACUGCUUGCUCUGCAGUAUAGGGACCACACAGUAAAUCUAUGUACGUGUGUGAGUGUAUGUGUAUAAAAAAAAAAAAAGUGUGUUUAUAGUGAGUGGGAGGCGUAUCUGUGCUAUUCGCUUGCACAGUCUACCAUUAAAGCAGUUUUCCAUGAGCCAGAUUUAAAAAUAAACUGUGAUGUGUGACAUAGGAAAUAGAAGAGAAAUAUUGAAUAGGCCUUUGAAUUGGUAGAAUUUUGAAUAGACCGCUUCAUAUGGUCUAUUCAUUCAGUUCUAGUUCUAUGAACCACAUCUGCAAAGUCUCUGAAUGUUUAUUUUAAUACAAGAGGGGAAAAAAUACCCACAAAAUGGUACCUAACGUCUUUCCUGUUUUGUCUGUUUCUACUUCCUGCUUUCCAAAGAGACUGACUGUAAAUGCGUAGUCUUGGAAUAAAAAGGGAAUAAUAUUUGAAUAACUCCUUUAAAAAAAAAUGAGGGCUUUGGCAUCAUGUGUGACGUAGUUAGGAUACAAAUUAAAAAAAAAAGUUUUUUAAUGUAUUGUCUGAAAUAAAAAGAAUGUUUUGAGUA